GUUUGUAUUGUAGAAACCGUGGCAGUAACUGAGACAGAGCAGUGAAGAAGUAAACCUUGCUGGCUGCUGGAGAGGAGGAAGCGGCCAAAGCUUUGCCUCCUGCCAGCGUCGGCGUCCGGAGACUCUCAGCCUCCGUGGCGCCCCGCCAAGCUCCACCGUGUGCAUGCAUGCAUCCGUCCAUCCAUGGCCGCCCUCGAUCUCCCGUCCUUAUCCGCCCACCCAACUCGUGCACAACUCUCUCUCGUUCAGUUCUUGCUCGAUUCCUUCCUCAUCGCCGUUCUGCCUCUGCUUCUGCCCCUGCUCUGCUCCCCAAGGACGCACCAAAUCGAUCGAGCGGAAUAUCAAUGGAGCGGCUGCUGAACCUGGCGAUGGACCUGGUGAUCCCGCCGGCGACCAUGGUGACGCUGGCCUUCGCGUGGCCGACGCUGACCUUCCUGCGGGCCGCCGAGUGGGCCGUGAAGACGCUGACCCAGGAGGACGUCCGCGGCAAGGUGGUCCUCGUCACCGGCGCCUCGUCCGCCGUGGGCGAGCAGGUCGCGUACGAGUACGCGCGCCGCGGCGCGCACCUGGUCCUGGCGGCGCGGCGGGAGCAGCGGCUCUUCGCCGUCCGCGACCGCGCGCGCGCGCUCGGCGCAGGACACGUGCUCGUCGUCGCCGCCGACGUCGUCCGCGACGACGACUGCCGCCGCCUCGUCGCCGACACCGUCGCCUACUUGGGCCAGCUGGACCAUCUGGUGAACGCGGUGAGCUUGGGCCACGACUUCUUCUUCGAGGACGCUGGCGACACCGCCGCUUUCAAUCAUCUCAUGGACAUCAACUUCUGGGGCAACGUGUACCCGACGUACGCGGCGCUGCCGUACCUGCGCCUGAGCCGCGGCCGCGUCGUUGUCAACGCCGCCGUCGACACCUGGAUGCCCAUGCCCAGGAUGAGCCUCUACUCCGCGGCGAAGGCUGCGGUGGUGGACUUCUACGAGACACUGCGGUACGAGCUCAAGGACGACGUCGGGAUCACCGUCGCAACGCACGGCGGCUGGAUGUCCGCCGGCGACUCCGCCUCCACCAUCUCCAUCUCCGGCGCCGGCGGCAGGUUCACGCCGGAGGAAGGCGGCGCGUCGCCGGAGACGCAGCAGUACGGGAAGCAGCAGCGGGAGGCGGCGGCGGCGGCGUCGCUUCCAAUAUUGCCGCCGCCGGAGCAGGCGCUGGCGCAGGCGGCGGAGGAGGCGAGGUACGCUCGGGCGGUGGUGGACGGCGCGUGCAGGGGGGACGCGCGGGUGCGGCGGCCGGCCAGCUGGCGCGACGUGUUCCUCGUCUUCCGCGCCUUCGCGCCCGACGUGCUCGGCUGGACCUUCCGCCUGCUGCUCUCCACGCCGCCGCCGCCAGCCGCGGCUCCCCUGGGGGCGGCGCCGCCUCUCGUAUCCGCGCUGCCGGCACCGCCGGUGCGCCCGCUGAUCGAUUACCCGGCGGAGGCCGCGGCGGGGGUGAUUCGGAGGCCGGCCGCCGCCCAGCUGCAUAUGCUAGAGUGACGAAGGCUUGCGAGCGAGAUCGUGUGGGCUUUCAUGUUACUGUGAUCUUCCAAAGGCUUAUUUCCAUUUUCUUUUCAAAGAUACUAUCAAUAAGGGAACGGGAAACAAUGAUGCAUCAGUGGAUGAGAUAUAUGCGAGAGUCUUCCAAACACUUAAA